AUGUUGCCUUUCUUUUUCUUCUUCUUCUUCCUCUCUUCUUCCCCUUUUCUUCCUCCCCUUCUUCUUCUUCUUCCCUUUUUCUUCCUCCCCUUCUUCUUCUUCCUCCUCUCAUUCCCUCUUCUAUCCUUAUUCUUCCUCCAUUUCUGUCUUCUUCCUCCUUUCUUCUUCCCCUUUUUUCCUCCCCUUCUUCUUCUUUCUCCUCCUGUUCUCUCUUCUUCCACUUUUCUUCCUCCUCUUCUUCUUCUUCCUCCUCUCCUUCUCUCUUCUUCCCCUGUUCUUCCUCCCCUUCUUCUCUCUUCUUCCCCUUUUCUUCCUCCACUUCUUCUUCGUCUUCAUUUUCCUCUCCUUCUCUCUUCUUCCCCUUUUCUUCCUCCCCUUCUUCUUGUUCCUCCUCUCAUUCUCUCUUCUUCCUCCUCUCCUUCUUUCUUCUUCCCCUUUUCUUCCUCCUCCUCUUCUUCUUCCUUCUCUUCUUCUCUCUUCUUCCCCUUUUCUUCCUCCUCUUCUUCUUCUUCCUCCUCUCCUUUCUUCUUCCCCUUUUCUUCCUCCCCUUCUUCUUCUUCUUCUUCCUCCUCUCAUUCUCUCUUCUUCCCUUUUCUUCCUCCUCUUCUCUCUUCUUCCUACUCUCCUUCUCUCUUCUUCUUCUUUUCUUCCUCCCCUUCUUCUUCUCCCUCCUCUUCUUCCCCUUUUGUCCUCCUCUUCUUCUUAUUCCUCCUCCUCUUCUCUCUUCUUCCCCUUUUCUUCCUCCCGUUCUUCUUCUUCCCCUUUUUUUCCUCCCGUUCUUCUUCUUCACCUUUUCUUUCUCCCCUUCUUCUUCUUCUUCCUCCUCUCCUUCUCUCUUCUUCCCCUUUUCUUCCUCACCUUCUUCUUCCUCCUCCUCCUCUUUUUUCUUCUUCCCCUUUUCUUCCUCCCCUUCUUCUUUCUCCUCCUCUCCUUCUUUCUUCUUCCCCUUUUCUUCUUCCCUUUCUUCUUCCUCCUCCUCUCCUUCUUUCUUCUUCCCCUUUUCUUCCUCCCCUUCUUCUUCUUCUUCCUCCUCUCCUUCUCCCUUCUUCCCCUUUUCUUCCUCCCCUUCUUCUUCCUCCUCUCCUUCUCUCUUCUUUCUUCUUCUUCUCAACGUUGAUUACUAAAUCCACCUCAGGGUGGGUGGGGGUUCUCUCUCUCUCUAUGUCACAUCUCAACAUUGGCAUCACUAUUUCAGACGUUCACCAUCUAUCUAUCUAUCUAUCUAUCUAUCUAUCUCAUAAUGACGUUCACUAUCUAUCUAUCUAUCUAUCUAUCUAUCUAUCUCAUAAUGUUUAUUAUCUAACUAUCUAUCUCAUAAUGUUUACUAUCUAUCUAUCUAUCUAUCUAUCUAUCUAUCUAUCUAUCUAUCUAUCUAACUUGCUAGCUAGCUAG